AUGCUGCAGAAGUCGCCUACGGGAACGUGGUUGCCCGCCUGGGUGCCGCAGUCCACCACAACGCUCGCCGUGCUGCUUGUGGGAUGUUCGGUAGUCCAGUCAACCACUGGAGGCUAUGAUGGCUCGAUGCUCAAUGGCCUCAAUAUUCUACCAUCUUACACUGACUACUUCCGCUUGAAUGCCGCCACAACCGGUCUCAACACCGGGUCGGUCUUCAUUGGCGGCUUCUUUGGUCCUAUAUUCUCCGGCGUCAUCGCGGACCGCAUUGGAAGACGACCGGCUAUCCUUUGGGGCUCUGCGAUCACGAUCAUUGGGAUCAUUCUUCAGGCCGCUGCGCAGAAUAUCGCCAUGUUUGUCGUUGCGCGCAUUAUUCUCGGAUUUGGCUCACAGAUUUCGGGGAUCGCGGCAGGCGUCUAUCUUUCAGAGACCUUUCCCAGUAGAUGGCGAGCUUGGGGCGUUGGGUUGUUGAAUGAUUUUUAUUAUGUCGGCGCAUUGAUUGCCGCUGGGAUUACUUUAGGCACAGGGCAGUGGCAGUCCACCUGGGCAUGGCGAGCACCUUCGCUCUUCCAGGCUGUCUUCUCCAUAUUGUGCAUCAUUAUUCUGCCAUUCGUGCCGGAGUCCCCACGCUGGCUGGUACACGAAGGCCACUACGAAGAAGCCCGACUCGUCGUCGCGCAGACGAACGCCAACGGCGAUAUUUCGAACCCCAUCGUCCUCACAGUCUACAAAGAAAUUGUUGACACCCUCGAAUGGGAGAAGAAAGAAGGCCGAACCAUGAGCCCGAAAGAGAUAUUCAAAACACCAGUCGCGCGGAAGCGUCUUCUGGUUGGCAUGUCUGCUGGUCCUUUCUCCUGCGUCGCUGGGAAUAUCAUCGCUUCGUAUUAUCUUGGAAACGAACUCGAUACGGCGGGAAUUACGGAUUCCAACGAUCAACUGAAGGCCAAUGUCGUGUUAAAUGUAUGGUGCCUCGGAUGUGCUCUCGCAGGAACCCAUCUUGCAGCGAAAUGGGGCCGCAAAUCCACCGCUCUGCUUUCCGAAGUUUUGCUGGUCAUAUGCCUAUUCAUAAUCGGCGGUCUUUCAAAGAUAUACGCCGACGACCCCGAUGGCGCUUCCAAGAGCUUGAUCUACGGCGACGUCGCUGUCAUGUUCUUGUUCCAGGGAUUCUACUCCAUCGCUUGGACGCCUUUGCUGUACUUGUAUCCCCCCGAAGUCAUGAACUAUUCCAUUCGUGCGAAUGGAUUGGCAUUUUCCUCGUUCAUGCUGAAUGCACUUGCCUGCGUCCUUGUCUUCGUUAUGCCCAUCGGACUCGCAAACAUCGGGUGGAAGAUGUACAUGAUAAACGGAUCCUGGGAUAUCGUCAUCAUCGUGCUCAUUGCGGUCUACUGGGUCGAGACUAAAGGUCGCACCCUCGAGGAGAUUGACGCGAUAUUUGAAGGCGAAAAGCACUCUUCAGUACCAGAUGUCGAGGCUGUCCGAAAGGGAGAAGCAACCGUCAAUCUAGAGGAGCUAGAGCAAGAAGUAAACAAGGAGACCGCUGUCAAGACCGAAUAG